GAGACUUCAGCAGGAGCAGUGUACAGAGAGGUUUACACACAGUUCACACACAGCAGAGCUGAAGAGAAGCGGCUGCAGGGCAAAGAUGGACGAGAAGCAUCGUUGUGUCCAGCUGUCGGUGAAUCCGUCUCGGGGACUCAUGGACGAGAAGUUUGUCAUCCUGGUCCAGAAUGCCCCUCCUGGUUCUGAGCUGACUGUUCACGCCUUGCACCAGUGUGAUGACGGUCAUGGUUGGGAUGCGUUUGCUCACUACAUUUCUGAUGCCACCGGCAGAGUGAACGUGUCUGAGGACUGCAGUCUGGGAGGAACAUAUUCUGGAAUUGAACCGAUGGGUCUACUGUGGAGCCUCAGACCAGUUCCAGGCAGCAAACCUGGACUCAGGUUGCGGAAGAAGAACGUCCAGGAGCCCAUGUUGGUCACAGUGUCGGUGUACGAGGGUCACAGGAAAGAGGGCUUUGCAGAUCUUGUCCCUCUUGCCAGUGCCUUGGUGGAGCGCUGGUACAUGGCGCCUGGUGUCCGCAGGAUCCCGGUCACAGAGGGUGGACUCACUGCGACCCUCUUCCUGCCCCCAGGACUUGGACCGUUCCCUGCUGUCCUUGACCUUUGGGGGGGUGGGGGGCAGCUGGUGGAGUAUCGUGCAGCGCUGCUGGCCUCACAAGGUUUAGCUGCUUUGGCCAUCGACUACCUGACGGCAAAAAUUAUCAAGGAAACAGGAAAGAUGACCACCUUCAAGUACUUUGAGACUGCGUACAGAUACUUAGAGGAGCAUCCUCAGAUCCUUGGAAGCAGGAUCGCCAUGUUGGGACUUUCCUUUGGCACCAGUGUGACCCUCAGAAUGGCUGUUUACUCCAAAGUUAUGAAGCUCAGAUGUGCAGUGUGUAUCAGCGGGAUUCACAUGCAGCCACUUGACAAAGAAAUGAAAGACAUUCUGAGGACCUUUAAUGAGAAUGUUGCUAACACUCGCAUUACUGAGGAGAACCAUGUGAUCUUGCGAGAUCUGUCUUUGCCCAUUACCACGGACCCAUUAAAGAAGGUGGAUGUGGGACGACUGCAGUGUCCUUUGAUGCUGGUUGUUGGUGAGGACGAUCAAAACACAGCCGCUCAAGAGUCUGCAAAUGAUAUGAAGGAGAUGAUGGAGCGAGCAGGGAACAGCCAUCUGUUGACCGUCCUGUCCUACCCUGACACAGGUCACCUGAUCGAACCCCCGUACACACCGCACGUUCGAGCCAGCAACUUCAAACCAGUCAACUUAAAUGAGAUAUUGAUGAUUCUGUGGGGCGGACAGACGGCGGCACAUUCCAGAGCUCAAGAGGACUCCUGGAAGAAGAUUCUGCUCUUUCUCAGGGUGAAUCUGUUUGGUGGAAUAAGACCUGCUGCAGUGCCGCUUUCCCACCUUUAACUGUGAUGAAACGUCAUUUUUUUAAAGGAAGUGUAUGAUUUUGGUUUCGACAAAGCUAUUGUUUGAUCACUCUUAUUAUUCAGCAAUGUGAGCUGUAGUUUCAGCUGAUUUCAGCUCUUUAAAGUUGUUGUCUCAUAAAAAAAGUGGAUGUGGAGAUUCUGACAAGCCCUCAGCUCUCAGCCACAUUUUUGGAACUUGCAAUUCAUUUGGGGCGACAGUAGCUCAUUUGGUAGAGCGGGUUGUCUUAUGACCGGAAGGUUGGCGGUUCAAUCCCCGC